UGAGCAUUCAUCUUGAGCCCAGGCUGCAAGAAUGGCUUGUGCUGUAGAUCCCAGCAGCAACAAGAACAGCUUGCUGAUGCUUCCUGAGAGAGUGAAGAAGAUCACCAGGAUUCCUGCUUCUUGGUGGGCGUACGCAUGGAGUAUUGGAAGAGAAGAUCAAAGGAGAGCCAUUCAUGCUCUCAAGGUUGGGACAGCUCUCACACUGGUCUCGCUCUUGUAUAUACUAGAACCCUUGUUCAAAGGAGUGGGAAAGAAUGCAAUGUGGGCUGUCAUGACGGUUGUUGUUGUGCUCGAAUUUACCGCAGGUGCAACCAUAUGCAAAGGUCUGAAUAGAGGGUUCGGAACAGUCAUAGCAGCAUCUCUAGCAUUUAUCAUUGAACUUGUAGCAGUAAGAUCUGGAAAAGUUUUCCGUGGUUUUUUCGUGGCAUCUUCAGUAUUUCUGAUAGGAUUCGUGGCAACGUAUUUGAGAUUCUUCCCAACCAUUAAGAAGAACUAUGAUUAUGGAGUGGUGAUUUUUUUGCUAACCUUCAAUCUGAUAACGGUCUCAAGCUUCCGCCAAGAGAACAUACUGCCUUUAGCACGAGAUCGCUUGAGUACAAUUGCCAUAGGGUGUGCCAUAUGCCUCUUUAUGAGCCUCUUCGUAUUACCAAACUGGUCGGGAGAGGACCUCCACAGCUGCACUGUGCGCAAAUUUGAAGGAUUGGCAAGAUCAGUUGAAGGCUGUGUGGAUGAGUAUUUUCGAGAUCAAGAGAAGCAUGAUAAUAUUCUUGAUAAGCAGACGUCAAGAGCUUCCAUUCAUACUGGGUAUAGAGAAGUACUAGACUCAAAAUCAAGUGAUGAGUCCCUGGCACACUAUGCAAGCUGGGAACCAAGACACUCAAUGCAGUGUUACAGUUACCCAUGGCAAAAGUAUGUAAAGCUUGGAUCUGUGCUUAGACACUUCGCAUAUACUGUCGCUGCACUUCAUGGAUGCCUCGAAUCAGAAAUUCAGACUCCGACAUCCGUCAGAUCACUAUUUCGAACCCCAUGCACUAGAGUUGCACGAGAGGUGACCAAGGUUCUACAGGAGCUUGCAGACAGCAUAAGAAAUCACCAUCGUUGUGCCCCUGAUGUGCUGUGCGAUCAUCUUCAUGAAGCACUACAGGAUCUAAACUCAGCAAUAAGGUCACAACCACGGCUAUUUCUCGCCUCAAAACAUGGAUCUGCCAAUAGUCGUAUGCUAAUGGAACUGAAUUCAAGCAAGCAUGCCGCCUCAAGAACUGCUCUGCCCUCAUUCAAGACUGAUACAGCCUCAAUAUUAGAAAGGAAGAACACAAAAGCAGAUCAAUCAUCAGAACGCAGUGAGAGGAGCACAUUAGGGCGGACGCUAAGUAAGAUAGCUAUCACGAGCCUUGAGUUCUCUGAAGCACUUCCAUUCGCUGCUUUUGCUUCGUUACUGGUAGAAAUGGUAGUACGACUGGAGCUGGUUAUUGAGGAAGUAAAGGAACUGGAAAGGGCUGCAAAUUUUAAGGAGUUCACUCGCCAUGACCAUCUGACCAUUGAUAUCACUUGCAAGGAGGAGAAGAGAAACAAUGAUGGUGUGCGAUUAGGCAGCCACACAGUUUCUCCUGCAGCUGAAUAAACACUCAUGGGUAGAUCAAAGCAGCAGUGUAUAGAUCACUCUGAAAAUAAUAUGUAUUUAUUCUUUGGUUCGAAAAAGAUGAGGGGUGUGAUCUCAAUAACUACUGUUAGCAUGACAUACAUUUAGGUGUUAUUAAAUAUUCUCCGCCUAUCAAUGAGUCGUUUGCAGAUGUCCAAGAGAUCAGACUUGGAAGGAUGUUUAAUCUAUUAAGUGAAUAGUAAUUCACCUGUUUUCCAGA